CCCGCGUCGCGAUAUCGCGCGGAAGUCGAGACGCGGCUUGUGCAUGCAAUUGCGUACUUUGCUCGUUGGCUUGGGCAACGGAGACAAGCAGUACACUGCAACACGUCACUCCCUCGGUCGAUAUGCGCUCCACGAGCUUCGAGCAAUGCUCGACAUGCCAGCUAUGCGCUAUGACAGAACCCUAGGCGGCACACACUCGUCGCUUAUGAUCGGCGGACGUCAGCUCACGCUCUACGAAGCUCGCUCGUUCAUGAAUGUCUGCGGCCCAUCGAUAGCCAAGGCCGUCAAGCGGUUCGAGCCAGACCACCUCAUUGUCAUGCAUGACGAUCUUGACGUCGCUCCCGGCAUGCUUAAAUACAGCAAAGCGGGCGGCACGCGUGGCCAUAAUGGACUGCGCAGUCUCGACGCAACUCUCAAAUCCCCCAGAAGGGAACUUAUCCGGUUGGGCAUUGGCAGGCCGAGCUCAGGCAGCGUUGCAGACUACGUACUCAGCUCGCUCGGUCAUACGGAAGCAGGCGAUUUCGCAUACGACGCCGUCACGCGUCAGCCUGGGGCAGCGCUCGAGCAGCUAUGGCAAGUCAUCCAAGACGCGAUGGCGAGCGCAAGCGCACAAAAAGAGGCGCAUGCAAAGUGAUUACAAGCAACAGUAGCCGGUCUACAUGGAGGCCGAACGGUCAUUUUAUCACCAUUCGCCGAGACUGUAGAGCUCGAGCAAGGCGUCACCGUAGGCCUUGCGCUUGUCAGGCAAAGCGGUGGUCGUGUCUGCCGUCGCAGGAUCCAAGCCGCAGGUGAGCGCUAGGAGCGCUUUCAGCGAGUCUACAUCGUAGGGUAUUGUUUUGCUAGAGCGCAAGCGUGCCACAAAGAGCUGGACUGCUGUGUCAGCAAGAGCCAAGGCAUCGGAUAUGAGCGACGUACUUCUGCGCUGUUUGCGACAUCAGAGGUUGCAGUCGUGUUCAGCAUUUGCCAGAAAGCCCUGCUCGA